AUGAAUAUAAAAGUCUUCGCGAACGCCGGGGUUUCCGAUUCGUUGGAUAAGCCGCCGCGGGCCUCGGUUGGGGUUUCCCUUGUUUCUCUCAGGCCUCGUCUGACGGUGGAUCGCUUUAAUAAAAUCCUUCCACGAACGUUUGAGUGCUCGUUUAAUUGGAUGGCCGAUUUUAACGCAAGGAGGCUCCGCAGUGGAUUGGAGGAAUCAGAAACGGGGAAUUUCUUGCGCAUUUCACCCGUGGAGAGGUUCCAGCACAUGCGAUGUGGACUGACAUGGCAGUUUUAG